AUUUUAUCACUUUACAUGGGUCGGAGUAGGGCCUAUAAAAAGGGUAGACUAGUUCGCUUGAAUUCAUCACAAGUUCUUCAAAUAUUAAAAAAAGUCACUUUAGGCUUAGCAUCCAAGGCAGUAGCAGCCAAACCACUAGCAGCAAUGGUUCCCCAAAAAAUGUCUUCCGUUUCCCUUUUCCUGGUGGUCGUUUCGCUCUUCGUUCUUAUUAACUUCACUGAUUUCGCUUACUCGCAAAAAGACGGGGCUGCCAAAGACGGGGUUAAGAAUUAUGCAGACUGCGAUUAUGGAUUUGCAAUAGAUAGAGAUGAUACCUGUUCGGGUCUUGCCCAAAAAUGUGGCGUUAGCCUGCAAACACUUUUCCAACACAACAGAAAACUACAAUGGGGAAAUAACUGCGGUCCUAGAUACGGCAGUGGAUUUGUUUGCUGCACUAACUGGAGUAGAGGACGCAAAUAAAGACAAAUUCACAAACAAUAACGAAAAUCAUUUUGGCUUUAUCACUUUAUGAAAUUGAAUAUGAAAUCACUCUCUCCUUAUAUCAUUUUUGAUUGGCCUUCUUUUGCACUUGACAGUUGACAAUUGACAUCUAUAGAUACAUAUUCAUCCUUGUGUUGAA